AUGUCUUUGAAAAGCUUUGAAAAUAAUUUUGAGAAUUUCUCUGAUGAAGUUAUCCGUGAGCAUCUCAAUGAUCGACAAAACGGGAUCUCCAAGAGGUAUAUCGAAGUGUUGCAAAAUUUUAUAAAGGAGAAGUUAAAUCUUCUGACAUCAAAAAUGCAACUGGAUAUUUUUAAUAAUGGCACAGUGUACACAGGUUCAGCAGGCUUGGGGCUGUACUACUUUAUGCGCCAUAUAAAGAAGAAUAAACCAGAAAAUGGAGAUUUAAAGAUUGUAUUGGAGUAUUUAGAUUUGAAAAAUCUGAAAGGACGACGCAUCAGCUUUCUUUGUGGAGACGCCGGACCACUUGCGCUAGCAACCAUUGUUUCAUACAAGUUGGGCACUAGUCGCCCAGCGAACCUUCCUGAUUACAAAGCAUUCGCACAAAGGUUACUGGAUCUCAUUUCAUUGCUUAAAGAGUCACCAGAUGAACUUCUUUAUGGAGGAGCCGGAUAUCUUUACGCUCUGUUAUUUGUAAACAAAUAUAUUCGUGAAACCGAUGUCAUACCUUCCCUACCGAAACACAUAGAAAAGGUAAUAGCUUCUAUAAUACAAUCUGGAAAAUUAUUUUCCGCCAAAUCUAAGUCUGAUAGUCCGCUUUUGUGGCAAUGGCAUGACAAAAUUUAUUUGGGCGCAGCACACGGCGUUGCAGGAAUAUUGUAUAUAUUGCUGCAGGCUCAUUCAUACAUAAAUCAUCAAGACAUGCAUACAUUUAUCAAACCUACUCUGGAUUGGUUGGCACUACAGCAGUUUCCUAGUGGGAAUUUCCCAUCUUCGCUUGGCAGCAGUUCUGGAGAUAGAUUGGUGCAAUGGUGCCAUGGCGCACCGGGUUUUGUACCCUUAUUUCUUCUAGCUUAUCAGAUUUUCAAAGAAGAGGCAUAUUUAAAAAUAGCGCUACGGUGUGGUGAAGUCAUUUGGCAACGUGGUUUGUGUACUAAAGGCUACAGUAUUUGUCAUGGAGUUAGUGGAAACGCAUACUCUUUCCUGUAUUUAUAUCAAACGACUAAGGAUCCCCUACAUUUGUACCGAGCCUGUCGUUUCAUGGAAUGGUGCGUAGCGGAAAAGGACGGUACCGAGCUUCAUACACCAGAUAGACCAGCAUCAUUGUUUGAGGGUCUACUUGGUCGGUUGUAUUUAGCAGAAGAUAUUAUUCGCCCCGAUGACGCCAAGUUCCCCGCUUUUACAUUGUAG